UAUUACCUAUCACUGCAAACCUUAGCACCACAGUUGACAAGAUGUUUUUUAAGCCGGGGACUAUCUUCAGCACACAGUGACUCUGAUGUGGUACUGGCAUGGUAAUGUGUGUUUUUACAGAAGUCUUUACACAUCUCCGGUUCUUUGCUGGGAGGAGAACAGUCCGUCAACCUAAAUACCCAGCCAACAGAGACCUAGGACUAGGAUGUCUAACAAACUGCAUGGAAACGAGGAGUUGUGGAUAACUAUACACCUCUGUUUUGUAUCUGCUAGUUGUAACGCCUUUCUUGAGUAGGUGUGUUAAAGCAGGGAAUACUUGAAACUUUAGGGCAGUGGGUCCCUGGGCCUUGAGUUUGAAACCUGUAGUACGGGACACUGUGACGCAACAUACAGGACAGCACAAUUCCUCGCUCUCUGUACCGGUGUCAAAACCUCUUACAGCAGUCAUUUCCAGCCAUGAUGUACCACCCGUACCUAUAGCUAUUAAAUGAGAACUGUAGAGUUUACAGCCUGUGUUUAGUUCUUCAUUGUGCUAAGAGACAGUCCUCUGCUGUUGCUGUCCAGUGUGAAUGGUACAGACAUACCACAUCAAAUCCUUUUCUGAGUUUCAGAGCUCUACACACACGAUUUCUGAUUUUUUAGAUGGUUAAAAUACAUUGGCCAUUGUCCCUAAUACACUAUCCUUCAAGUAGACUGUUCAAUAGCGUUUGCAGAGUUUUUUUGGCCCAUAUCCUUUUGUCUUAUCUUUUCCCUUAGGGCCACUUAUGUUUGUGUGGUUUUGUUCACCAAAAACAGUAACAGUUAAUUUUUACAUGCCCAUUUUCCAGCCUCUGUUGGGCAGAGCUGAACGAUUGGAGGUCAAAUGCCUUAUAAGCUGCCCAUCAUUAUUGUACUCGCACCAUGAGUAGGCCAGCUGAUGCAUUGGCUGCCGGGAAAGGGCGUCGCAAAUGCGUCGUCACAGUAUGAACUACAAAUCCCAAGGAUUCCGAUCACACUUCCGGUUAGUGGUUCCAGCUGAAGAGCCAAAUAAAAGUCCUGAAUGUGCCCGUGUAGUUUAAAACCAUGGAAACGUGACGCUGAGUGCAGUUCACAUCGUGCUAGUUGGAAAGGAUCAAGUCAAAGUUCCUGAGGACAAGUCUACUGUUUGCAUUGCUCGCGAAAGUUAAACUAUGUCACGGAAAGCCCUCAAAGUGGUCGUUGAACUGCACGUUAGAGCGAUCACCUGUCCUGGAGUCCACCUAGCAGCCAAAGAUGACAUUUACCUCAGUGUGUGCCUCUUGAACCAGUACAGAAAGUCUGAAUGUCUGCCUGCAGUGUUCCCGUUACUGUUUCGCAUGAAAAUAAGGUUUGAAAAGAUAUUCAAGUAUGCCAAUGAUCCUGCAGCUAUUGCUGAAAACUUACAAUGUGAAGCAGUCAAAAUUGAGCUUAUACAGUUGAUUCCCCCAGUUGGGGAAGUACUGGCCAGUUAUGAGGAAAACGCCAGAAGUUUUCUCUUCCCUGAACCUAAAUUGGUCCCGUCUUUUUCUGGCGGAGACCGAGAAGUUCUAAUGACAAGAGACCCAGCUUUUCCUGGCAUCUCUCCAAGGUUAGAGUUCUCUACCCGGACGACAAUCAGCGAGUGCACGGAGAGAGAUAUUUUCCAAAGUGUCCCUGUGAGGACAAUGACGAGGAAAACAGGCCGGAAGGUCAGACAGCAGAGCCGCACCUCUGCAGCCUGGAGGACCCCACAGACACCAAGGACCCGCUCACUCUCCCCUUUUAAAAGAUCUGAGUCAAGCAGGACCAGCUCCUCUUCCGAUACGAGAAAAGGCUCCUGGUCAGGGGGUAGGCGCUUAUCCCACUGGUCAGCUGAGUCUGACAGAAGCAACAAGUUAAGAAGUCAGUCAACUUUUCGCUCUAAAUCUCCAGGAGAACCAGGAAACAUUAGAAGAAGCUACUCCAGCCAUUUGCUCCCUAAUGAUGGCUCCUCCUCAGACACAGACGAUCUCCUUGACGACGCUGAGGAACUGGGCCUGCGUCGUCCCCUGGCGGGAUAUGAGGGAUCCCCCAGCCCGGCAGCACUGAGUCAUCACAAUGCAGCAAACCCAGGGCACAGCAGUUCUCUCUUAUGUUCCCCAAACGUGUGGGAGGAGGUUCAGGAGCGAGUCCGCAGUCUUCUCACCUCUCCCAGAGCUGUGCACAGACUGACCUACGGUGCCACAGAGUCUGAAAUAGAUGAAGUGCUAGCUCGGAAGUCCAUUUCACCACAUUCAUGAGCUCCUUAAAGACUGCUGUUCAGUACCAAAGCCUGGCAAUUACACUGGUGGGGCUUUUUGCAUGGCAUACUUGCCCAGGGAGGAAAUCAAACUUGUGUGGAGAGCAGUGGUACUACCCACUAUGUUACACCAAUGCUGCAUAAUUGCAAGGCCAAAAAAUAUGCAGUUGAGACAUUUAAUAUGGAGCACAAGAGAGGAUAUUGAUAUGAAAGGCAGGCCAGGUGAUAUGUUGACAUUUUUGCAAGAUGUCAGGUGGUUUAAUAAUGUAUAAUAAUGUAUGUAACUAGUGUGAUCUGGUGUGUCCUAUGCGGACUUUGCAAUAUGCAUUUUUUUCUGACAAUCUUAUCAAAUAUAAUCACGUUAUCACAAAAUUCACUCAUGAGUUGACUCAUCAGCUGAUGAUAUGUUGGCAGGAUAAUUUGAAAUGAACCAGAUAUUGUUAUUCAACGUUAUCUUCCUUUUAAGAAAGAAAUACUUAUAUAAGUUGAAGAAACUUAAAAUGCAUUAUUGCCAGGACAUUUUAAGGCUUCUCUCUCAAUCGAACUGAUACUCGUUGAAACUUUUGUUGAGUUGUGGUUUUCUCCUGCUGUUUAGUAGUUUCAUUCAUUACUUGCACUGAUACAAACUGAAAGGCCUCUGCAGGAGUAACACUGUAUGAAGGGCAGGCAGCCACAUGCCUGACUUUGAGCAGUCCUCAAGUGUCGCCUGGAAGACCAUUAAGAGAAAAUUAUGUGCUGGUCACAGCUGACGCACUCUGUGUAAUGUUGCAGUGUCUGCUGGCACUAUAGUAACAUGGGAUAUUAUAUAUUAUGUUGAUUGCACUGGAAGCAUUAUGAUCUAUUUUUGCACUGACAAAGCAGCUGAAGCUUAUUUCACAGUUUCACAGUUACCUUUUUCCUUUAGCCAAAAGGGCACAGACGGUUUCAUUUCUGAAGCCUUUUAGAGCAAAACGUCUCAUCUCCAACAUGUUUACUGUUCAGAAGAAAGGAAACGUGUAAUCGGGUAAUCUAAGUGAAUGUAAGAGGUUGUUUAAACUAUUUUUGUUCAUUCAUCAUGAAAUGUUGUCACUUUGUACAGAUCAACUGGUGUUUUACAAGUGAUGGAAAAAUAAACAGUGAUGAUGUCUGGCAGUGA